GCAAACUAUAUUUCUCAUUUAAAAAGCUGCAUAUAUAAAUUGCUGUAUUCCUUUUAUCUGUAAAAUGUGAAAUGUUCAACAGUAUUUGUAAAUGUUCUGGUUAUUUUGCAGGUCUCAACAUGGAGGCAGUACCUUCAUGUUCCUAUUCAUCGUCUGAUGAUCCCUUAGAUAUGUCGAAAGGAGCAAGCAAUAACGUGAUAAUUUUACCUGUCGAUAACGAAAUGAUGACGAAAGUGCUUUCACCACCAGAUGACAUAAUAACUGUUAAAGAUUUAAUAAAAAAGAGAAAUGAGUUGGGAAGUGACAGUGAAUGUGUCAAAUAUCUAGCUGAUAAAUUAAGUUAUAAAGACUGUAAUUUUGAAAGUCUUAGAAGAACAAUAGGGUUCAACUUGAAGAAAGUAAAGCAAAUGCGAAAGAAUAAGAGUAAAGAUAUUGAACCAUUUUUGACAAGUGCAUUUAAGCCACCAAAAAAUGAAUUAUCAAAAAUAGAAGAUCCAGAAAUAAGCAUAGCUGCCAGAAAAUUAAGUGAUCAAACCAAAUCUGUAGUUUUAGAAAACAGAGCCUUGAAGAGAAAUAUUGAAGAAGUAGUUAAUGAGAACAAUGCUCUGGAGAAAGAUGUUGCCAGAAUGGCGAGCAAAUUGAAUGAAGCUAUCAGUGUUUUAAAGAUAGCCAGUUUUGAAUAUUCAAAUUUAUUAGAAGGAAAAAAAGAGGCAAAUUUAUGUUUAGAAAUAAAAAAGAGUAAAGAAAAUUAUGAAAAGAAAUCUGAGGAAGUAAAUGAGUUAUCAAUGAAAUUACAGGAAGCCCAGAAAAAGCUUAGUAAAUUUAACACCAGAAAUGUUAACAAAAGAUUGAAAAGGAAAGAUGAAAGUAUUGCUGUCCUGAAAGAUCAAGUCAAAAGUGCUGAAAAGGAAAAUGAAAUUUUAAAAGAUAAAUUAGAAAUUUCUGAGAGCAAAAAAGAUGACAACCAAAAGGAUAAGUUAAGACUUCAGAAACAAAUUUCAAAAUUAAAAAUACAGGUUAAAGAAUUGAAGGAAAAAGAUAAAAUUCAGCAAGAGUUACAUGAACAUAUUACACAUGAAAUAAAACAAAACCUCUCAGCCAAAGAAAAAGAAAUUGAUCAAUUAAGACAUGUAAUGGAGCUACUGGAAUCAGAGCAUAUUGAUACAUUUUAUAAUGGCACUUACACAAAUGAAGUAAGGGAAUGUUGUAUGACACUGAUUACAGAAUGCAAUGUCAGCAUGGGCAAACUACCAGAUGUAAUAAGAAGUGUUCUGAAAUCUUUCACUGGAAAAAUUCCAGAGCGUCUUCCAUCCAAAUCACUUUUAAGCUGGAUGAUGGCAGAAGCAAAAGUUGUUGCAUCAAAGCAUGUGGGAACCGAAAUGUUAACCAACCUGGACAUGGCAUCUGGUCAAGGCAAUGUUCUUCAUCAAGAUGCUACAACAAAGUUUCAUUCCCACUAUGAAGGGGCGCAAGUAACAUUGAAAUCAGGUAAAUCACUUACUAUAGGAUUAAGGCAAACAGCAGGUGGGGAUGGGAAAACAUACAUUAAUGCCUUUGAAGAUAUGAUUAAUGAUCUGUCAGAAUGUCUUGGUGGGGAAUUCGAUGAAAACAAAGCUAAACUGAUAUGUUCCAUAAAAAACUUUAUGAGUGAUCAGUGUGCUACCAAUGGUGUAUUCAAUGAUGGAGUAGAAAAAAUUAGAAAAACUCUAUUGCCAGCAAUUGUUAAAGAGUAUCACAGUAUGAGUGAUAAAGAAAAAGAAAAAAUGAAUGAAAUGGGACAGUUUUCUUGUAGGCUACAUUUGUUGGGUAAUUUUGGUAUAGAGUCGGAUAAAGCAUUAGGUAUUUUUGAAAAAAGUGUUGUAGAAGGAAAAAACCCACAUGCAUAUGGUGCUGAAAGCGGAUCUUUCCGACUCCUUAGAACAGCAGCAAAAGCUUUUACAAAACGUGGGUCAGACAAGGCUGGUGUCCACUCAUACUUUGAGACUUAUUUGGCUGGAAAAGGAAUAAAAAACAGAAUGGUAACUUUCCAUGGGCACCGUAUAAAUGUUGCUUUUCAUGACGGGGCAGCAGUAUAUCAUCACCGUAAUGAAAUUAAGGAGUUCCUGGAAUGUUGGCCUGAAAAAAAUGGUCUUUUAAAGUGCAUUGCCUUUGAUAUUAAUGAAAUGGUGUACCUAAGUGGCUGUCGAGCUAUGGGCAUUUUUGAUAAGCUUUGUACUGGUCCAUUCUGGCGUAUUCUUGAAGAAGAUGAUUGCAUACUAGAUUUGAAUACUGCCUUACAUCAAAUGCAAAUAAGCCUUAACCAGUGGUCACAGGAUGGGAAGAUACCAUUAGCAGAGGAAUGCAUCUUUGAUGUUAAGUAUAUUGAAAAAGAUGAUAUUUACCAUUCCCUAUUUCAAGUAACCGAUGACCCUCAUCUAGAUGCUCUUACAAUUAUGGCUCUUGAACUCUUGUCUUCGCAGCUGCUUAUAUUGCUUGAAAGGCAGGCUGCAUCCCAACUACCAGAGGGUAAGUAUUGGAACCCAUCUGAGGAAAUGAAACAUAUGGCAGCCAAUGUUCCAAAAACAAAUACACUGUCUGAAAGGGAUAUGGCUACUCUUGAUAAUCUGUUAAGAAUAAAGCCAGCAUCAUCUAGCCUUUCCCUUGAAGCAUUUGUUAUGUGCUCUAAAAAUAAGCCGUUUCAGUGGUUGGCAACACUCCCAGACAGUGAAAGACAAGAUAUUUUAGACAGUGCCAGAAAAAUGGCUUCAAAAAUAAAAGCUUCUUUUGAAAAAAGAAAAAUACAGCUAAGAGAGGAACUCAAACAAAAGUUGGAAAUGAAGCAAAAAAAGGUAGCUGAUAAAGAAAUAAAGGACAGCACAAAAAAAAUAAAUCUCAGUAGAGACAUUGCCCAAUAUGGUGGACCCUGGACAAAAAAUGAAAUACAUGAGAAAAUGGCAUCAAUGGACAACAAACAAAUAAGGAAUGCCCUUUUAACUCAAAUUAAAUUCCACAAAAGUGUUUUAAAAUCAAAAGGUGACAAAGAACUUUUCCAGGAAUCUGCUAAUAAAAGAAAAUACACGAAUGACGAGCUCGCUCGUAAUCUAGGGAAAAUUCUUGACUUAAAUGAAGCAUUGGAAUAUGACGAAAAUGAACAAGAAGGAUUAUUAUACAAAGAUAUUGACAUAUCAAGGCAAAAGGUAAAUGAAAAAAAAUCUGAACUCGUAAAAACAAUGCUGAAAGCAAGAGACAAAAGGAAAGUUGAUCAACAAAAAACUAAACUUCCUCAUUACCUUCAAAAACCAGAAGAUCUUGUUGGAAAAAGAGUGUCCCACAAGUGCUUAGAGAAUGGAAAUGAAAUGUGGUUCUUGGGAGAUGUGAUUGGAAUUAAAAAGGUCACAGAAAAUACAUUAAAAACAGAAUAUAACAUUAAAUAUGAUGAUGAACCUGAAGAAACAUGGUUCUUCCCACUAUUAUCCGACCUGAAAAACGGUGAUUUAAUGAUUUUGUGAGGACAUAAUAUACUGAAAUAACAGUAAUAACUCACCUGAAAUUGAUAGCAAAUAAUAAACACAUUUUGCAAUACACAAGUGAGAUUAAACUUAUUGUUUAUAGUAGCAGAUCAAACUUUGUUUAAAACAUGAAAAUUCUUGAAAAAAUCAUGAAAAAGUCAUGAUUUCAGAUACCGACUUUGUACUUUGUCGGCCAUCUUUGCGGCCAUUUUUUAUUAUUCUGCUGUAAAUGAUAUUAUGAUUAUGAUUAUUUUCAAAAAGACAAGGCUGUGUGUUGUUUAAUUCUGUUUGUGUUAAAAAAAUUUCCAUGAUUGUUCGUUAUUAUUUAAUGCAAAUGAACCUUUUUAUAGCAAAUGCUGAAUUUGGCGGCCAUCUUGGAAGCCAUUUUGUAAUUAUUUUGCUUUAUCUGUUAAAAAUAUCCUAUAUAUUUUAAGAAGUACUAUAUAUCCAUAGGCUCUGGAUUGUUUUUAUUCAAGUUUUCCAUAAUUGUUUCCAGUAUAUU